UUAGACAUUUUACAUGUUUGGUUUAGGAGUUGUGUUUGAAUACAUUUUUAUUACUUUUUUCGUUAGGGCAAGUCCGAUCGGCAGGAGGCCACGGGGAAGACCCAGGACACAUUGGGAAGACUAUGUCUCCCGGCUAGCCUGGGAACGCAUCGGGAUCCCCUCAGAAGAGCUGGACAAAGUGGCUAGGGAGAGGGAAGUCUGGGCUUCUCUGCUUAGGCUGCUGCCCCCGCAACCCGACCUCGAUAAGCGGAAGAAAAUGGAUGGAUUUAGUAUAACAGUUAUACUGUCAUAUUGAGUCAAGUCCGAUCGGCAGGAGGCCACGGGGAAGACCCAGGACACAUUGGGAAGACUAUGUCUCCCAGCUGGCCUGGGAACGCCUCAGGAUCCCCCAAGAAGAGCUGGACAAAGUGGCUGGGGAGAGGGAAGUCUGGGCUUCUCUGCUUAGGCUGCUGCCCCCGCAACCCGACCUCGGAUAAGCGGAAGAAAAUGGAUGGAUUUAGUAUGAAAGUUAUGCGAAAGGGGAAGAGAAACGACAGAGUCAUCUUCACCGUCAGCGUAGAAGACAUCCCACUCAUCGUGGAUCAGCCCAUCCGAAGCCUGGGAAGACUCUAUAUACCUGGUCUCUCAGACAAGGACAUGGGAAAAAUCAUUCUCCAGCAGCUUUCAGAGGGCCUGUCCAAGAGCGAUGCAGGCCAGCUACCUUGGGUACUUCUCCCUGUACCCAAGGAUGAUGUGGCCUCUGAAGCUGUGCGAAGUCACGUCAUUAGCCGUAAACCGGAUGGAAGCAAAAGCCAACUCUUUCAUCUGAAAAUGGCUUGGCCUGCCACAGUGCUUCUCAGCUGCUGGCCUGUAUGGAUGGAACUCACUCCAGCUGCCCCUGAAAUCUAUAACACUGGGCUGCAGGCAGGAGAAGGCAAGGCUGCUGAUGGAGCUAAGGGACUCCUCCGACAGGGCAGUGGCGGAUGCAAAUGCCAGAGUCGAGACUGGAAGGAAGUGGAGGGCCAAGGAGGAGGUCCAGAAGGCGAUGUGGAGACUGCAACAUCAAGAAGUCGUGGUCAUGGUCCAGACAGGCUGGGCAGGCCUUGGAUGGAGCGAUCCACCCAUCCUAUGGUCUAAGGCAGGCAGGAAAGAGAGGAAUUACCUUGUUGUUGCUGAGGUCACCAGGAUUGAGCAGGAGGAGCUCAGAGUAAGGUUUGUGGCACAGGGGCAGCAGGGGAGGUGGACAACUUGGGAGGGUGUAUCGAACCGAGCAAUCAGCUGGGAAGAUUCCUGGAAACUGCCACAGGCUCGGCUCAGUUUCCUCAUCAGGGCAACAUAUGACACCCUCCCGAGCCCUAAAAACCUCCAUCAAUGGCUUGGCACAGAGCAAUCCUGCGACCUCUGCGGGACCAUCAAUGCCUCACUCCAGCACGUUCUGUCAGGCUGCAAAAUGGCGCUGACACAGGGUCGGCUCAGAUGGCGGCACGACCAAGUGCUCAGCAAGUUGGCAGAGGUACUGGACAAAAGUCGGU